UCUCAGCCAAUUUGCCCUGACAAUGCAGACAAACCAUUAAACAAGCGCUCCUCCAGCAGCACCUUACACCGAUCUGAUUAACUAUUCUCACAUAAAGUUCUACCAUUAAAAUGCUUGCUCAUUUCACCGACUCCAUCCCACCUUCUCGACUAAUCGCCUCCAUCUCUUCUCCAGGGCGGAGCGGAUCCUUGCUAGUUUUUUCUGAUGUUAAAAAAAGACACGUGGCCGUUACAAACCUCUCUCAGGAUACAACGGAGAGGCGGAGGUGGAGAGAUGCGGGCACAGUCGGGAUGGGAGAGGACGCGAUGAAGAGGGAGCCCGUUCUCUAACCAUGGAAAUUCUGCUGCUGAACAGCCUGUAUGUUUCUGGAAUGGACUUUAAAGACUUUGCAUAUUGCGACCUCUUUCUCUCUCUCUCUUUUUCUCUUUCGGUGUCUCUUUUGUUUUUCCUAAGGAGAGACUUACAUGCAGGAUGUGGAAGAUCACAGGUGAGGAAAGAAAAAUGCCGUUUGAUGUAGAUUUCUUAAGUGAAAUACGCGCUGAAGUCUUGAUGGGAUAUUUCUAUAUAUUAUUUCCUCGCAUUUAAUUUUUUCUAAAAAUCAUACCUAGACGAAACAAAAAAAUUCAAAAUGGAUUUCUUAAAUAGCUCCAUCCUGGAGGACGGGAUACAGGCAGAAAAUAUUUCCUCUAAUUCCACUUCUCAGAGCCAGUACACCCAGCUCGCAAUCUGGGGUUUGGCUGGACUUGUCAGCUUUCUCAUUUUGUUUACAAUAGUCGGAAACGUUUUGGUUGUCAUCGCCGUUUUAACGAGCAGAGCCCUGAAACCACCACAGAACCUUUUUCUCGUCUCCCUGGCCAGUGCGGACAUACUAGUGGCCACCUUAGUCAUGCCAUUUUCUCUGGCCAAUGAACUCAUGGGCUACUGGUUUUUUGGCAAAAUUUGGUGUGACAUUUAUCUGGCUCUGGAUGUUUUAUUCUGCACCUCCUCUAUUGUUCACCUGUGCGCUAUUAGUUUGGACAGGUACUGGUCAGUGACACAGGCUGUAGAGUAUAACUUAAAGAGAACACCUAAAAGAGUUAAAGGGAUGAUUGUGGUGGUGUGGUUGAUCUCAGCCAUCAUCUCCUUCCCACCACUCAUAUCAAUGGACAGGAGCAGCAAUGAGGCCAGUCCCCAGUGUAUCCUGAAUGACGAGACCUGGUACAUCCUCUACUCCAGCAUUGGAUCCUUCUUUGCCCCUUGUGUUAUCAUGAUUCUGGUCUAUAUUCGGAUCUACCAGGUGGCAAAGACCAGGACCAGAACAAUGUCUGAGAAGAAGAGGGACUCGCCACUGGAGAAUGGGAUGGAUCAAGCUGAACCAGGCAGAGGCGAGUCAUUAAAGUCCAACAGGGGCGGGAGCAUGAAAGACCAGGACCGUGAAAAUGGGCACUGCCAGGAGCAGGCAGUUCAAUCCCCUCUUCCAAAUGAGCCAAAACAUGCACUGACGGACCAUGAUGAUGACUUUGAUGAUAGCAGCUCAUCGGACGAAAAACCUAAGAAAAGUUCCAGUUCCUCCAAACAUCACCACGACGACAGGAGAGACAGGAAGUCCAGCCGGAAGAGUAGCUCUGCUUCUAAAUAUUCCAGCAGGAAGUCGCGUGCCAGUUCCAAGUCCAUGGAGCUGUUCUCGUCUCGCCGCAAACGUCGGAGCACCGUCAAUCGGAAGAAAGUCUCUGCUGCUCGGGAGAAACGCUUCACCUUUGUCCUCGCCGUUGUCAUGGGUGUAUUCGUUGUGUGCUGGUUCCCCUUCUUCUUCUCCUACAGCCUGUAUGGAAUCUGCCGGGAGCCAUGCCAGAUCCCAGAGACGCUGUUCAAGUUCUUUUUCUGGAUAGGCUACUGCAACAGCUCCUUAAACCCAGUUAUCUACACCAUCUUCAACCAGGACUUCCGUAGAGCCUUCCAGAAGAUCCUCUGUAAGUCAUGGAAACGCUCUUUCUGAGGGGAGUCCUGCAUGGCUGGGUUUCUAAUAGACAUUUUACCCUGCAGACAUAAAUUUGUGUGUGUUCUGAGCUGUAGGGUGAAGUGCUGACUGGGAGUGUGUUCACACCUUUACUUUUAGGGAUUGCACUUGAAAUGAGGGGAUGCUUAAUGGAUCAAAGGAUUGAACUAAGGUACAGAAGCAGGGUUUAAAGUACAAGAGUAAGCAUUCUGAUAAUAUUCACACAGGAGGCUUUCAUCAAACACCAUUCAGUCUGCUUUUUGGACUCUGGUGUGGGCUUCGGCUCAUUCCCUCACCUCACUGACUUCUUCUCCCUUCAUUUAAAUACUAUGAACUGACUCAUAACAGUUACUGUGAUGCAUGCACACCACAGUGGCUGCACUUGGAUGAACUGCACAGGAGGCGAAAGGUUUACAGAGACACUUGAUUUAUAAAAUGACCUCAUUCACUAAACAUAAUGCGAAGGCCUUGACAAUCUCACACAACCGUUUUUUUGUGACGAUAGAUAGGAAUCUAUC